UUCAUAAUGCAGACAGCUUCAAUCACCAUCUUCACACCAAGGGGGGGCCGCUGCAUUGCUCGUACCUUCAAAACCCAAAUGGAGACAGUGGGUUGGCCUGGUUCUCAGUGAGAUAGGGUGCUCAUCCCUCAGCUGGCCCAGGGCAGAUUGGGACCAGAGGCAGAACAUUUGGAGGAUGCAAUGCACAGGCAGGAAGGAGAGAGGUAUUUGAAAGGAAAGCUGGUUAUCAGAAAGGGCAUGGAGCAAACUAGGUAGGCUGAAAAAGCCUGCUCUGAUAGGUGUAUCUUACAGGCUGAAGAUGUUUUAGCAAAGGGGCUAGACCUGUAUGGCCCUGGGGUGGAGGCCAUCUGGAAAUGGGACACAGGCAGGCUUUCUCCCUUGCUCUGUGGGCUCUCAUUUAUCUUGUACCUCACUGUAGCAAUGCUGUACCCCACGAGCUGGUCUGCAGCACUUGUGGAGAGACUGCUUGAGUCUCUCCUCAAGCAGGCAGCUAGGAGUGCUGCUGCACCACCCUUGAGAUAGCUGUGGGUGUCAGGACCCUUAAGGAUGACUCCUGCUUUUUCUCUUCCAGUGCUGACCAUCCUUGCCAUGUUCAGCCAGGGGUACUCCCAGGCCUUCCCGCUGGACAGAGUCAACAGAGGGGCACAGUUUGUGGCAACGCUGAGGCUGGUCUACCCCCAUGCAGACACCCUAUGUGAGAAGGACUUUGACUGGCUCUUUGACUGCCCUCAGACAAAGCAGUUCCUCGAGUGGUUCUGCAGCACGGUGAGCGAGGAGAAUGUGCUGAGCCCAGCUGAGGUGGAGGCCUACGAAGCCCUGGUGGCUGCAGGCAAGCCCAUCCUGGAAGGCGAUGCCCUCGAGCAGGCAUUGCAGAUGUGCUGCCAGGUCCCACAGCUCCCAAGUGUGCUACCAGAUAAUGAGGGUCCCUCUCUGGAGGCCCUGCAGCAGGAGCUUCAGGAACUAAAGGACUACCAUGACCGUCAGCUCUGGCGGCAUAGCAAGCUGCAGGUUUGGGUAGCCAAACUGCAGCAGGAGCUGAGGUAUUUGGAGGAGGAGGAAAAAGCGGUGAAGCAGGACUUGAGGAAGGCUCAGAUGGACCUGGAAGUGGAGAUCUUACAAACCAGUGCUGUCCUGAGCCAGAUCAGCAAUGCUGCAAAGCAGCUGGCCGAGUGGCAUGAGGAUGUGGGGAAAGGCCGGCCACCAGAACUGCUAUGUGAGAUGGAUCUCGCUCCUUACAUGGAGCUAGAACAACAGGCCACUGACAUGUAUGAGAGGCUCAUCCAGCAGGUCCUACUGGGGAAUGUCCAGGCUCCAGGUGCUCAGGGAGCAAGUACAGAGAGAGAGUGCAGCCUGAAGGAAACGUUGAAGGCUGGGACACAGAUGGACUUAGACUGGGAAAUACCAGAAGGAAGAAGAGGAGCUCCUUAUCAAGAGUGUGCAAAGACACCACGGGGGGUGGUAGCAGCAAGUCGGGGAAUAUGGGUCCAAGGCUCGAGGGCAGAGCUGCUAGCGGAGGGGAUGAAUGGAAGAGAGGUGUUGAGCAUGAGGGAUGAGGACGAGAGCGAUAGCAGCCAGAAAGCCACAGAGAGAAUGGACGCCAAGCAAACAACGAUGCCAAAAAGUCUUGGGACUGGUGGAGAUGAGCUACUGAGGGACCAAGACAGCUUCUGUAAGGAGCUGAGCCGAAUGGAGAAAGCACAUAUCUGUGCCCAGAGGGAGGUUAUAGUCAUGUCAGCAAAAGUGGAAGGCAACUGUGCUGCGCUGGAGUGGGCCCAAAGGACCCUGGAAGCUCUUGAGGAGAACCAGCACGUAGUGGAGGCAGAACUGCAGAGCCAGGCAGCCAUGCUUCAGAAGCAGCUUCAUGCCCUACGUUGCGACAUCACACAGACCCUGACCCACCAGCUGCCACCCCUGCUGAGGGCAGAGGCCUGCCUCUCCUGCCUGCCCAUCCUGCAGAGGCAGCUCAGCCUGGAAGCUGCCCAUCUGCAGUACAUUGCUGAGAGGCAGGAGGAGGUGGCUGCAUGGGUGGUGAACCAGCACAGCCGCCUGGAUCUGCUGGAGCUCCAGCUGAAACGGGAGAGAAAGGAGCUGGAUCAGAAGGCUUCUCAGCUGAGGGAGAUGAAAACUGCCAUGAGGAAAGCCCAGACCAGGCUGCAGGAGCAGCAGAACUACUUCAAAGAUGCCAGUUCCUCUCAGAAGGGUCAUCCAUGCAUGCCCAAAGACCUCUCUGCUGUACGGCUCUGGAACAUGCUGGUGGGAAAAGAUCAGGAGGAGCAGCCCUUCCACAGCUAUGAGGCUAUAGCAGCCCAGUGCUCCCAGUUGGUUUGGGACCAGAGGGUGCUGGAAGCACAGCUGUCAGCUCCUAUACCCCAGCUCCCUGCCCUGGAGUCCUCCAUAGAAAUGCUCUACCAGUUGCUGUACAACAGCUCCAACCAGCUGCAGCUCUCCUCUCCGGAGAUCACUGAGCUGAUGCAGCAACUGAUCACCAUGCAGGACAACCUCUACCAAAUGCUGGCAGACCUCCUGAGUGACCUGAAGGUCAAGCGCAGAUCUCUGCAGAGCUCUAGACUGCAGACAGAGCGCAAUCUUUAUGUGUAUUUUUACUGUGAUGAGGAUCGGCUGAGCAAAGUGGUGGAGGAGUUGGAGAAGCAGGUGUCUGCUUCCUCCAAGGGACAACUGAUGGAGCUUCCCUAUGCAAAGGAGUAGGUCAAAGGGAUGCUUGCUCCCUGCCAUAGAAGUGAUGUCAUCUUUUGGUUGGGCUGGGUCAUUAAUCCUGGACAGGGAGAGAACUCUGAUGGUCCUGGCUCCAGUGAAACGUUACUUGGGUCAUGGCUCAGCAGCUGGGCUUAAAUAAAGAAUUUCCUGAAGGUGGUGGGUGGGUUAGAUAAUGUACAAGUAAUUAAUGCAUUUUGUGAGCUGGCACUGGAAGCCUUGUAGAGGCAGGAGACUUCUCAUGCCAACUCUGUAAGAGGAUGGG